AUGAAGGAAAUCGACGGAGACAAGAUCUUGACCUACACAGUUUCGAUCGCAUUAGCGGUCGUUACUGGCGUGUUUGUUAACAAAAUCCCGAGAACGCGCGGAAAGAACCCUAUUUUUCAUGCUAUUUUUGUGGCUGCUUCAAUUGCGAUCCUCAUUUUCUUGCCUGAAGAAAUCCAAGAAACUGUAUUCUCCCCCGGCGGUGUAGUUGUGGUUGGAACUAUAUUGCCAGUCUAUGUUUCCAUUGUUGCCAUCCUCACCCCAGGUGAAGCGGACGAUAGUACAUGGCUAAACUUUUGGGUUGUUUCGGGCACUCUAUCUUACCUGACUGAGUUCAUUGACGAUAUCAAACAUCACAUGCCAAAUGGAGGCGAGCAUUGGUACGAGUUCGAGUUCUUCUUGACGCUUUGGAUGAUAUUGCCAUUUACCGACGGGUCAACUUUAUUUUACGACAAGAUCACCGAACGAUUCAUUCGUCCCUAUGCCUUGAAGGUGAAAACAUACGCGGAAGGAUGGAUUGGCUUCCUGAUGCUCGCCGUGAACAGUUCCUACCUUUGGUUUGCGUGGUUCAUCUUCAUGUCAUUUCCCGAAGAGCAGCGCCGGUUCUUUGUAAUUGCGAUGGGUACAGUCUACCCCGUUGCUGCAUCUAUCAUUGCCUUGACAACAAAGGAAGACGGAAAGGAUGAUAGCUUUUGGUUGACAUAUUGGGCGUGCUUUAGUUUACUUUUUUUGGCAAUGGACUACCUCGAAAAUUUCAUUGGUCAUAUUCGUGGAUUCUACUCCAUCUGCAUGGUUGCAACCAUAUAUCUAUUUCUUCCAGCGUUCGAUGGGGCCAAUGUGGUCUUCCGCCGCAUUCUUGUCCCGCUUUCUGGGCAGUACGAAAAUAUGCUGUUACAUGAUGCCUACCUUGUUCGCAAGGAUAUGGAAAAGAAAAUCCCAAAUAAGUACCAUGAACGAGUCUUCCAGAGGGCUGCGGGUGUUUUUACAAACCAAAAGAAAGAGUAA